AACCUGAAGUGUUUACAAGAAAAUGCUCACGAAAUUCUAGGAUAGUGGACAGUGGAGUAUUCUGGCGGGGAAACAUCCAAGGAAGUCUCGAUCAGUUUCACCUUAAAUAGGGCACCAUGGCGUUUGUGGAGGAAGCGCAUUUCGCGUUCGCCAAGAAGGUGGCCCUCGACUGGCGGGAACUGGUCCGCGAGAAGAAAUUCCAAAUGCUGGAGACUCCAACGGAGAGCUUAGCCAAUGUAGAGUCACUGGUCUCCAUGGCGCGCUCCAAAGCCCGGACCAGUUCCAUGUUCACAGCCGAGAGGCGAGAGUCAUCCUUCUACCGUGCCACAUUCUCCAAGCCCCCCAGGGAACUGGAAAUCGAACGGAGGGCGGGUAGCAUGGAUCCUGAUCGCAUUCGGGUGAACGAGGACCUUAACCUGUACAUCUACCCGCCAGUUCAGGUGACCGAAGAGGCCCGAAUGUCCCUGCUCCUGGAUCCCAUCUCAGUCUCAGUCAUGUCACCUAUAUCUCCCAUUAUUCUCAGCAAUCUUAGUUUAGUUUCGAAGCAAAACGACGCUGAAUCUGUCAAAUCCUUUACGGGGUAG